AUGUGGUCUCAUAGAAAACAAAGUUUUGGCUGGAUUUGGCUGGAGUUUGACAUAUAUUUGUGUUUUAGCUGCAAACUGGGACAAGACUCUCUCCAAUUCGGACAACCAGAGUAAAAUUAAUGACUUAACCUUCCAUCCUGCUGGGCCACCAGAGUCACCAAUCACUGCUAAUCCUGCAGGAUCAAAUGACAUCUUCCAGUGUGAUGCACAGAGUCCUGCGCAGACAUCGGAACAGUGUUCUGUUCCAGUAGGACCUGGUGACAUUUCCCAGUCAAGAGCAGAGGGUCCUGUGCAGCCUCUCCUUAAGGUUUUCCCCAAGACGCAACAUGGCAACCGCAAGAGGGCAUUCAACGAGUCAUGGUACAGAGAAUACACGUGGUUGGAGUACUCCAUCAGUAGAGACUCUGUAUUUUGUUAUGCCUGCCGCCAUUUCUCCCUUCCAAAUGCCCUGUCUUCUGUAUUCAGAACAGAAAGUGGUUUCUCCAACUGGAAGAAAGCUUUGUGUAAAGAAGGUGGCUUUAAAGACCACUCUAAAUCAGACCACCACCAAAAUGCUAUGUUUGCAUGGAAACAGCAUGAAAUGACCACUCAAACAAAAUCAUGCAUGACAGAGUCUUUUAACACAGAGAGAGAAAAGAAAAUUAAGGAGAAUCAGACAUAUAUUAAAACUAUUGCAGAAGUCCUGCUUUUAACUGCCACACAGAACAUUUCCCAGAGGGGUCACAGAGAAUCUGAGGACUCGGGUAACCGAGGUAACUUUUUGGCUAUUUUAGAAGAAAUAGCUAAGCAUGAUUCGUUUCUAGAGAAGCGCAUGAAAGCUCAUGCUAAUGCCAAAUAUACCAGCAAAACCAUUCAAAAUGAAAUGUUGGAAUGCCUGGCAGGAAUGGUUCAAGAGGAAAUAGUGAGGGAAGUUAAACAGAGUGAGGUGUUCAGUAUAAUAGCUGAUGAAGCCAAAGACCUUCAGAAAAAAGAGCAAGUGUCACUGGUCAUCAGAUAUUAUUACAGAGGGGUCAUACAUGAGAGCUUUAUUGACUUCAUGAAAGCUGACAGCCUAGAUGCAGCAGGGCUCACUGACUUGAUCAUAAAAUGCCUUGAAAAACAUGGACUAGAAUACCGCAACAACCUGGUUGGCCAGGGCUACGAUGGUGCUACUGUCAUGAGUGGCAAGCACUCAGGUGUGUGUAGCCAAAUAUGCAUUUUAUGUGCAUUGUAA